CGUCAAGGCCAGCAGACCAGCAGACGCUGAACAUACCCCGUUCACCUCUCCCCGCACCACGUUUGGCGGCGGUUUCCAACGAGGAUGUCUCGAUUCUUGACCGCAGAUGAUGCCGCCUUGGCCAAAAGUGAAGAGACUGCCCAAUCCUGGCUGGACUCAUUACACGACUGGGACCGCUACAUAGCAAUCAGAGACUUUAUCCUACGUUAUCGUGAGGGCGAGGGUAUCCAGCUCAAAGGUAUGGGAGGCUCAGGCAAUAUUAAUUACCGAUUGAUCUACAAGGACGGGUCUUCGGUAGUGCUUCGACUUCCUAUUCCCGGCUUUACCCAGUUUCCCGACGAAAAAGUGCAGGGGGAAGUGGCAGUAAUGCAGUGGCUAAAGGAAAAUACAUCGAUACCUGUACCAACCAUCAUACAUUGGGGGACGAGUGAGCAGAAUCCUCUUCAACUGGGCCCUUUCAUAUUGAUGGAGUACAUCGAUCACCAGACAAGCCUCUUGGAGGUCUUGAACACCCCGGGUCUGACGAAGGAAGACCUACCUGCCUUGAAUCGUAACCUUCCUGCAGAGAAGCUAGCGUUCUUUUAUCGACAGAUCGCAGAUGCUCUACUUCGGUUGGCCAUGACCCCAAUGUCGAGCAUUGGAUCAUUGGUACCGAAAACAAAUGGCAGCGACGACAAGGCUUGGGAGAUAGGCGCUCGGCCUUUAUCCGUACACUGGGAGGAGCUCGUUCGAUCAGCAGUGUUGCCUGUGGCAGAGCUACCUACCAAUACAUUUGCAACAUCAUCCUCUUAUCUCAAUGCUUUGGCAGACCUGCAUAUUAGACACCUGGUGCAUCAACCAAAUGGUGCUAUUAGCUCCAAGGAUGACUGCCGUCAAAAAUUCCUGGCCAGGCUACUAUUCCGGAAGCUGGCUAGAGAAGAUCGUCUUUUACCUCCAAGCAAUGCGGGAUUUCGGCUAUGGUGUGACGACAUUAAGCCUGGCAACAUCCUACUAGAUGACGAUGAGAAUAUUACAGGAGUUAUUGAUUGGGAAUUCUCGUACGCCGCACCGGCUGAAUUUACCUAUGUCCCACCCUGGUGGCUGGUCCUUGGGAAGCCGCACCGCUGGCAAGAAGGCUUAGACGACUGGACUCGGAGCUAUGAAAAACACCUUGAACGUUUUCUCCAAGUGUUACAAGAAUGCGAAGAUGAAUGGAUUCGACUUAGCCGCCUUGAUGAAGGGCAGAGGCUGUCUACGCGGAUGAAGGACAGCUGGGAAACUGGAAAGUUUUGGGUCGUAUAUGCAGCCACGCAUAGCUUUGGGUUUGAUUUGAUCUUCAGAGAAAGGCUAGAUAAAAUCUUCUUUGGGCCUGAAUCUAAUUGGGAAACAGACUGGGGACGUCGGAUCCAGCUCCUCAGUGACGAGGAACAAUCGGAGUUUGACCGGUUGGUGAAGGAGAAGUUGGAGAGCACGGGGCUUAGCUGACCGUGGUCAACCUUCACACUGCUGUGUGCAGGGUAUCCUUAUUUCGCACUUCGGAUUACACCUACGCUGCAGCAUGUGCUUCUAUCUUACCUGGCAGAGUAUGGUGAAGGGUAGAGCUGGUGCAGAGCAGGUCAGGCAGUGCCGGAUUGGGAACAGAUGAGAGCAGGGCUUCGAAAAAG